UAGGAAUGGAGCCUCCACUUAAGGGUGUCAUCAAGGAUGUCAAAGGAAGGGCACAGUGCUACAAGCGAGAUUGGGUUGGAGGAAUUUGUUCAGGUUUCAGGAUACUGGCUCCCACUCUGUACAUUUUUUUCGCUUCUGCACUUCCUGUAAUUGCUUUUGGAGAGCAACUAAACAAAGAUACUGAUGGAUUAUUGAGCACCGUGGACACUUUAGCUUCUACUGCUAUAUGUGGCAUCAUACAUUCUAUACUUGGUGGACAGCCAAUGUUGAUAUUGGGAGUUGCCGAACCCACAGUGAUAAUGUAUUCAUACAUGUAUCAUUUUGCCAAAGGGCAGGCAGGUCUUGGCACGCAGUUGUUUUUGGCUUGGACUGCAUGGGUUUGGAUCUGGACAGCUCUCAUGCUGAUCCUUCUUGCAGUAUUCAAUGCUUCUUCUAUACUUGGAAGAUUUACUAGGAUAGCUGAAGAGCUUUUCGGGAUGUUGAUCACAGUACUUUUCAUCCAACAGGCUAUUAAGGGAGUAGUUGGCGAAUUUACUAUUCCUAAAGGUGAGAAUGAGGCUCUACCGGUUUAUCAGUUCGCGUGGCGAUACAUAAAUGGAUUAUUAGGGGUCAUAUUCUCUGCUGGAGUGGUGUUCACAUCUCUGAAGAGCAGAAGGGCAAGAUCAUGGGCAUAUGGAACAGGUUGGUCUAGAAGUUUGAUUGCAGACUAUGGGGUCCCUCUUAUGGUUAUGGCGUGGACAGCAUUGUCAUAUGCAGUCCCAGAAAGCAUUCCUUCUGGAGUUCCUCGGAGGCUUUAUAGUCCACUUCCUUGGGACAGCAAAUCCUUGCAGCAUUGGAGCGUUGCAAAGGAUUUGUUUUCGGUUCCCGCGUUAUACAUACUUGCAGCUAUUCUACCUGCCCUUAUGGUCACAAGCCUUUAUUUUUUCGACCACAGUGUUGCAUCUAAGAUGUCUCAGCAGAAAGAAUUUAACCUAAAAAAUCCUUCUGCUUAUCACUAUGACAUUUUGAUUCUUGGGUUCAUGGUUUUGAUUUGUGGGCUACUUGGGAUCCCUCCUUCAAACGGUGUUCUUCCUCAGUCCCCCAUGCACACGAAGAGCCUUUCUGUUCUCAAGAGGCAGCUACUUCGGAAGAAGAUGGUUGAGACGGCCAAAGAGGGCAUGAAGCAACAAGCCACCAACUUAGAAAUAUAUGGUAAAAUGCAAGAGGUCUUCAUACAAAUGGAUGACGAUGCUACUGAAGUGUUGACACCAAAAACUAAGACAGCGGUUAUAGGAAAAGAGCUUAUGGACUUGAAGAAAGCUGUUGUGAGAGGUGAAAGCAACGGGGAGAAAAAGGAUCAAUUUGACCCUGAAAAGCAUAUUGAGGCUUAUUUGCCAGUGCGAGUGAAUGAGCAGAGGGUAACCAACCUGUUGCAGUCAGUUCUUGUUGGUGUUUGUCUAUUAGCCAUGCCUGUCAUCAAGAUGAUCCCAACAUCUGUUCUCUGGGGGUAUUUUGCUUACAUGGCGAUUGAUAGCCUAGGGGGGAACCAAUUCUGGGAGAGGCUGUGCAUUCUAUUCAUUACUCCUCGUCGACGAUUCAAGAUUUUAGAAGGCGACCAUGCUUCCUUUGUGGAGACCGUGCCCUUCAAGGCAAUAGCAGGCUUCACAAUCUUCCAAUCAUUGUAUCUUCUCCUGUGUUUCGGUAUCACUUGGAUACCUAUAGCUGGAGUUCUUUUCCCUUUGCCAUUUUUUCUUUUGAUCAGCAUCAGGCAGUACAUCCUUCCUAAAUUCUUCAACCCCCACGACCUGCAAGAAAUGGAUGCUGCUGAGUAUGAAGAAAUCGCUGGAGCUCCUGCUCGUGCACGCUCACUCUCAUUCAAACUCUCAUUCAAGGAAAGGGAUUUGUCUGCAGGAACCAGUGAUGGAAUUGAAACUUGUGAUGCUGAAAUGUUAGAUGAGAUCACGACAAGCCGAGGAGAACUUAAGCUCAGAACCAGAAGCUUCAAUGAUGAUAGAUUACCCCAGGUGUAUCAGGGGAGGCUCUAACUGCGAAGAGAUGCAGAGAAAUGAAUCGAUUUCAGAGCGACAUUUUGGCCAUCCAAAGUGGUAAAAACUAGAAAUUUUGUUGGUUUUAUACAGGAUUCUUGACAUGAGAGGCUGCUCGAGUUCCUCAGUUUGCCAGAGAUUCAUUGGUGGAUGUAAAUACAGUAAACGAUGCAUAAUGAGGGUGGGAGAGGAAAUAUGAACAGUUGUACAUUAGUUCUCAUUCUUUUCCUAUUUGUAUGGAUUUUUGGUGCCUUACUCAUUGAGAUCAAAUUUGAGAGGGAUGAGGAAAGUGCAGUAUGGUACUCCUGGCUGUAAUAUAUUCACGAGGCGAAGUAAUUGCUAUUUAGUUGUUUAGUCUACAAGAACUGGUAUGCUCACGUCUUUGGUUUCUUAUCUUGUGUUUUUCGCAUGUACGUGUACGUAUACAUAUGUGAAGUGAUUUUAAUACACGUAUGACUUCUCUAAGA